AUGAGCUACCUCAAGACCUACGAACUACCCAAGUCCAAUCUCCUUACACCUGAUUUUGUCAGUUCCGUCAGCAACCUCGCCCUCUCCGCGACCUCCCUUUUAUGCAAUGCACCCAGCCUUUCGACGGAUAUCGACUGUGGUUCCGAAAGCUCCUUUGACCGAGAUGUCGACUCAGGCAGCCAUAUUGUCCCACGACAGUGUCUCAGUGUCCGUAGGAAAGGCAAGAGACAGCUGCUGGUAGGUUUCAACGUCAGAAGAAGUCGCAAGGGCGAUGAGGUGGAGGAGGAGGAGGAGGUGCAGACGCGUGUUGAUGGGAUCGGUUAUCGCGACGGUGACUUUUUCAGCACCGAGGCAAAUCGAAACUCCUGUUCCAUCCUUGACGAUCUUGGGAAGUUCGAGGAGGCCAGGACGCCAGUGUCGGAUACCAACUCAUUAGCGAUGAUGCGACGCAUCCGUCAUAACUCCGCCCCGCCUAGAUCAUCAAUCCUGCCAGAGGGCUUGGACAGAACAAAUGCCCCUAGGCGUUUCACGGCGCAGCCCUUGCAGCAGCUUCCACUUCUGCAUGCUCGCAUUGUCCUACAGCAGCGGGCGACCUCAGCGUCUCAACAGAGUAUGAAUGAGCCGAUUUUGAAUUCACAGCUGAGGGCGCAGAGUCAACCGAAGAUUGAAAAGUAG